AUGGAGCGGGUGCUCUCCCUCCCAGAGCUUUUGGAGAGGAUCUUCCUCCAGCUCGACAUGACGACACUGCUCGCCUCCGUCCAGCGAGUUAGCAAAAUAUGGAACAACACCAUUGCUUUCUCGCCAGCCCUGCAACAAAAGCUGUUCUUUCGACCCAUCACUGCUGAACAGCUACCUGCAUUCCGCAAACAGCUCAUGAGAGAGGUCGAAACGACGGGCUCGGCCUAUCUCAGGCCCGAGCUCACCAAGUCGGUCCUCAAUCCUCUUCUUGUAAAGAAGUUUGGCUGCUGCUUCUUCGACACUGGCCCAGCAUUUGGCUACCAGAGAGGGGCUGACUGCUUUAACAUGUUGCCAUGGAGUCCAAAUCAUCGCAAAUUGAUUUCGAUAUAUCGUCCCAGGUGGACUUACCCAUACCACCAGGUGGAACCACCCAAACAGCUGGACGAGGCAUCUUCUCAACUGGAAGAAACAAGUAGAGCUCGCUUCACAACUAGGGGAGCUAGCUGGAGACGCAUGGUAGUAUCGCAACCAGCGCCCCCAGGUAUUGGCUACCUGAUCCGCGAAGUGAGCCGGGAACUUCGUCCUCCCAAGGAGUUUAUUGGGGAAGCAUUCAUCCCGGCUGUGACGACGGGAGGGGCCCAAAUGGGCCAGCUUUACGAUAUGGUUCAGUAUCACGCCGGGCACCACAAGUCCAAUUUAGCUAAUUUCCGAGUCAUAUGGGAGCUCCCCCAGCCUUUCAUGACGGAACAUCUGCGGGAGCCCAUGCGCCAACUCCUUGGCCAGACGACCCUGCUCGUGUUAUUCGCAUUUAGCCAUCUUGCCUUCAUUAGAGAGCCGGAAAAUGUUGUUGAUUUUGACUCGGCCUUCCGCUGCGAGGAGUUCUUCCUGCCUGACUUUGUUGUGAAAAAGGCCGUAAGAGUCAGGGCACGUGAAGCGGACGAGAUGAGCUGUAUCGCUCCAUCGUACGAACCUCCUUCCAUAUAUCUUGAUUGA